AUGGCGGCUCCCGUGGUCGACGCCGAGUACCUGCGCCAGGUCGACAGGGCGCGCCGCCACCUCCGCGUCCUCAUCUCCAACAAGGGAUGCGCCCCGAUCAUGCUCCGCCUCGCAUGGCAUGAUGCUGGAACUUAUGACGUGAACACAAAAACCGGUGGAGCAAAUGGUUCGAUUAGAUAUGAGGAAGAGUACACCCAUGGUUCAAAUGUUGGUUUAAAGAUUGCUAUCGAUCUCCUUGAGCCUUUCAAAGCAAAGAAUCCAAAGAUAAAAUAUGCAGACCUUUAUCAGGAUUCGUCAGUGUGCCCCCAUGAAGGGCGUCUGCCGGAUGCUAAGAAAGGUGCACCACAUCUGAGGGACAUCUUUUAUCGAAUGGGCUUAUCGGACAGAUAUUGUAGCUCUGGAAGGGCUCAUCCUGAGAGGUCUGGAUUCGAAGGUGCCUGGACAAAGGAGCCUCUUAAGUUUGAUAAUUCAUACUUUCUUGAGCUGUUGAGUGAGGAAUCUGAGGGGCUUUUAAAGCUCCCAACUGAUAAGGCACUGUUGUCAGAUCCUGAAUUUAGGCGCUAUGUGGAGCUUUAUGCAAAGGAUGAAGAUGCCUUCUUCAAGGACUACGCUGAAUCACACAAGAAACUCUCUGAGCUUGGCUUCACGCCUCGCAGCACAGCAUCAGCCAAAUCAGACCUCCCAACCGGCGCUGUGCUUGCACAGAGUGCCUUUGGGGUAGCGGUUGCUGCAGCCGUAGUUAUUGCCGGCUACUUGUACGUCGAGAAGGCUGCCCGUGUUUUAUACACUUGGAGUACCGGUCGCAUGGUGCAAACCGAAAGGGAGGUUUGUGCAAAUCCAGUUCAAGGUUUUCGUCGGGCCGUGAUAGUUCCUCCUAACGAGACAGGCAGACAGGACCUGACAGAUCAUCGUGCCGCGCAGCGUCGCUGCACCUCGCAAGGGCAGUUCCACUGGCGGUACGUCCUCCUGGCGGUGCCACGUGUUGACGUCAUGGUUGGAAACCACACGCAUGGCAGCCGCGAAUAG